AGGAAGAAUUCAAGCAUGGAAAGCUAAGAUAAGGAAGGGGGGGGAGAGGCCCGAUUCAAAUGCCUCCUCUUUCUCCUUUUACUGGAAGAAAGACGGUCUUUUUCUUUCACACAGAUAUAAUAAAUGUUCAGUGUCUCUCUUGUACUCGAUUUUGCUGAGGAGAAAAAAUAGGGCUCCACGGACAUGGAACGUCGCGUUCCCCCCGCACCUUGGAUCCGUCCGGAACCGGGACGGAAGCGGAAAUGGCUACGGGCUGUCAGGGUUUCCUUGGGUUGACUAUGGAGGGAUUGUGUCAGCCGCCGCAGGAGGCCAAAUCCGAGGUCACUAACCAGCUUCUAGAUCUUCAGUGGAAAAUGGGUAUGGCGGUGAGCUCAGACAGUUGCAGAUCUCUUAAGUCUCCUUAUGUUGCAGUGACAUUAAAAGUGGCAGAUCAGUCAGGCCAGAUUACAAACAAGUCCUUUGAAAUGACAAUUCCACAAUUUCAGUAUUUCUUCAAGCAGUUCAAAGAAAUGGCUGCUGUUAUGGAAACUGUGUAAGAACUGCCUUUGUUGCCAAGUCUAUAUAACGUUUGUAAGAUAAUGUAUGUCACUUGAUGUAAAUACAAUUGUGUAAUGAUUAAAUGCUAUUUGUUAAAUGAA